CAAGUCGAUCCCAAGUACAAGUUAAACUCCAAUGACACGAUACAGCUAAGUAGAAAUCGAACUCCAAGCACACGAUAAGUUAAAUUCCGACGGUGGUCAACAAGAGAUAAACCACUGCGAAAGGAGCUUGAAGAUAAAAUAAUGACGAGCGUUUUCGACGAACCCAAACCCUCAGACGACAAUCCUCACGAGUCCAAGAUCGUUAUAAACGGAGAAGAGGAGGAGGAGGAGAAUGAUAGUCCUGUUGAAGAAGUCCGGUUAACUGUUCCCACAACUGACGAUCCAUCACUACCGGUUCUUACUUUCCGAACAUGGUUUCUCGGACUUGUCUCUUGCAUACUGCUUGCGUUCGUGAACCAGUUCUUUAGUUUCCGGUCCAACCAGCUUUGGGUGUCUUCCGUUGCGGCUCAGGUCCUGACUCUUCCGCUGGGGAAAUUCAUGGCGGCGACGCUUCCGACAAAGAAGUUUGUGUUUCCAGGGACGAAAUGGUCGUGGUCGUUCAAUCCUGGUCCGUUCAAUGUCAAGGAACAUGUUCUUAUCUCAAUAUUUGCUAAUACUGGAGCUGGGGGAGCUUAUGCCACCAGUAUUAUUACCAUUGUUAAAGCUUUUUACCACCGUCAACUCAAUGUCGCCGCCGCCAUGUUGCUCACACAAACCACUCAGUUGUUGGGAUAUGGAUGGGCUGGGAUCUUCAGGAAGUUCCUCGUGAAUCUUGUUCAAGUCUCACUCUUUAGAGCUGUGCAUGAGAAGGAGGACUUACAAAAAGGGCAACAAACAAGACUAAGAUUCUUCCUCAUUGUCUUCGGUGUGAGCUUUGCUUACUACAUAGUCCCUGGCUACCUCUUCCCUUCCAUCUCCGCAAUCUCAUUCGUUUUGAUUUGGAAAAGCUCAGUGACCGCUCAGAUAGUCGGCUCAGGGCUCAAGGAUUUAGGCAUUGGUUCGUUUGGUCUUGACUGGUCCACGGUUGCUGGUUUCUUAGGCAGUCCACUAGCUGUACCGUUUUUCGCCAUAGCUAACUUCUUUGCAGGAUUCUUCAUCUUCUUGUACAUUCUUCUACCUAUCUUUUACUGGAGUAAUGCUUAUGAUGCACAGAAGUUUCCUUUCUAUACUUCGCAAACCUUUGAACAGACUGGACAUUCCUAUAACAUUACCCGUAUACUAAACGAGAAGGACUUUGAUAUCAAUCUAGAUGCUUACAACGAUUACAGCAAGCUCUAUUUGAGUGUGAUGUUUGCUUUGCUCUACGGACUUAGCUUUGCUUCUCUUUUUGCUACCAUCUCUCAUGUCGCCCUCUAUGAUGGAAAGUUUAUAUGGGGAAUUUGGAAGAAGACAACGACAGCAACAAAGGACAAGUUCGGAGAUGUGCAUUCAACAUUGAUGAAGAAGAACUAUCAAGCAGUACCUCAGUGGUGGUUCAUCGCAGUUCUAGUUGCUUCCUUUGCUUUUGCACUCUACACUUGUGAGGGCUUUGACAAGCAGCUUCAGCUUCCAUGGUGGGGACUUAUACUCGCAUGCGCCAUUGCCAUGUUCUUCACAUUACCUAUCGGAGUCAUCCAAGCAACUACGAACCACCAGGUGGGUCUUAAUGUUAUAACAGAACUGAUCAUCGGGUACUUAUACCCGGGGAAACCACUAGCCAAUGUGGCUUUCAAGACCUACGGAUACAUCAGCAUGUCUCAAGCCUUGUGCUUUGUGGGAGACUUCAAGCUUGGUCACUACAUGAAGAUUCCUCCAAGGUCUAUGUUCAUCGUCCAGCUUGUUGCGACUGUGGUUUCAUCGACCGUCUGCUUCGGAACAACCUGGUGGCUCAUUACAUCCGUCGAGAACGUAUGUAACACGGAUUUUCUCCCAGUGGGUAGUCCAUGGACUUGUCCCGGAUACGAAGUGUUUUACAAUGCAUCGAUCAAAUGGGGAGUGAUCGGUCCAAGGAGGAUGUUUACCAAAGAAGGUAUCUACCCCGGGAUGAACUGGUUCUUCCUCGUCGGCAUCUUUGCUCCAGUUCCCUUCUGGUACUCAUCGAAGAAGUUCCCGGAGAAGAAAUGGCUAAAACACAUCCAUAUUCCAUUGAUCUUCUCUGCAGUAAGCUCAAUGCCACAAGCCAAGGCUGUGCACUAUUGGUCCUGGACCAUCGUUGGGGUUGUGUUCAACUACUACAUCUUCAGGAGGUUUAAGAGUUGGUGGGCGAGGCACAACUACAUCCUCUCUGCAGCGCUUGAUGCAGGGACCGCGAUUAUGGGAGUGUUGAUAUUCUUUGUGUUUCAGAACAAUGACGUAAGCUUGCCUGAUUGGUGGGGGCUUGAGAAUUCAGACCAUUGCAAUCUAGCGCAUUGCCCGACAGCCAAAGGUGUUGUCGUUAAAGGUUGUCCUGUGUUUUAAGGUUGAUGCAGACAGAGUGCUGCCCGAAAGGGUUUCAUGCCUUUAGGAUUUAACUAUGUACUUCUGAAAAUUCUAAAAAGAACAACCAAAUAAAGCAAAGCUUUCAUUCCAA